GUACACGAGCUCCUCACGUGCUUCACCUUGUGCGGUGCAUUCUCCGGCUCCGCAUCCAACACGGAUAACUCGGGGAACCUACAGCGUCCUGUGUAUCAGGAAAAACUCGCUUGAUUGCACUUUCUUCUCAUCUCCCUCAUUUCACCUCAGUGAUGGCUUUGACUGGAGUCCGAGUGCUGGAACUGGCGGGUCUGGCCCCCGGCCCCUUCUGUGGAAUGAUACUUGCUGAUUUUGGGGCUAAAGUCAUCCGGGUCGAUCGGGCCACUGCUAAGUAUUCAGGGGACCUCAUGGCACGGGGUAAAAAAUCUAUUGCUUUAAAUCUGAAGAGCGCGGCAGGGAUCAACGUCCUGAAGACCUUGUGCAAACAGUCAGACGUCCUCAUCGAGCCUUACCGACAAGGUGUGAUGGAAAAUCUGGGCCUCGGGCCGGAGGUUAUACUAAAGGAAAAUCCACGACUCGUAUAUGCAAGACUGACGGGAUUUGGGCAGUCUGGGAAAUAUGCACAGUCAGCGGGUCAUGACAUUAAUUAUGUCUCCAUCUCAGGUUUGCUGUCGAGACUUGGAAAACACGACGAGAACCCAACCUUCCCUAUGAACCUGAUUGCUGACUUUGCCGGGGGCAGUUACUCCUGUGCGCUGGGGAUUGUCAUGGCUCUUUUUGAGCGCACAAGAUCGGGGCAAGGGCAGGUCAUUGAUUCGAGUAUGGUGGAAGGUGCUUCAUACCUGGGGUCAUUUGUAUGGAAGACACAGAAAUCUGGUUUGUGGAGCAGACCUCGAGGUGAGAACGUGCUGGAUGGGGGAGCGCCAUUCUAUUGCACAUACAGGACCGCGGAUGGAAAGUACAUGGCUGUGGGUGCCAUUGAGCCCCAGUUCUAUAAAGAAUUAUUGAAGGGACUUGACCUCAAUUCCUCCGACCUUCCCAACCAGAUGAGUCUUUCUGAUUGGCCCAAAAUGAAGGAUAAAUUUGCUGAAAAGUUUUUGGAGAAGACGCAGGAGCAGUGGUGUCAGAUUUUUGAUGGCACGGAUGCGUGCGUGACGCCGGUCUUAUCCUUUGACGAUGUCGCAUUGCAUGAGCACAAUAGAGAGCGAGGAUCUUUCUUCUCUAAUGAUGAUGGGGAGCUGAGUCCGCGGCCUGCCCCACUUCUCUCCAGGACCCCCGCUGCUCCUUCUUCCAGCAGAGAUCCUUUGGUCGGGGAACACACACGUGAAGUGCUGGCAGAAUACGGCUUUAGCGCUAAAGAAAUUUCUGAUCUUCAGUCUUCUAGGGUGAUUGCCUGUAGUAACCCAAAAUCACAGCUGUAACCUGAUGUCCCGGGAGAGGCGAGCAGCCGUGUCACUUAAAUCUAAUUUGUUUCUCAUUAGUGUUGAUUUUUGUAAUAUAAUAUACAAAAUGUAAAAUUUGUUUCUAAAAUGACAUAUUAAAAUCUGUAUUUUUCUAAGG